UGGUCGAUCUGACCGACUUGCGUGCGCUGCGCGCGUAUUCAGCCCUCUUUACAACUCGGCUGGCCAAGAUGGCGGAUGCACAAACAGAGAGGGCUUAUCAGAAGCAACCGACCAUUUUCCAAAAGAAGCAGCGUGUUCUGGCCGCCCAUGGAGGCACGCAGAGCAAAGGAAAGCUCCCCCGUUACCACAAGAGUGUCGGGCUGGGCUUCAAAACCCCAAUAGAGGCUAUUAAAGGCACUUACGUGGACAAGAAAUGCCCUUUUACGGGAAACGUCUCCAUCCGUGGCCGUAUCCUCUCUGGCGUGGUGGCAAAAAAUAAAAUGCAGAGGACCAUCGUCGUCAGACGGGACUACCUGCAUUUUGUCAGCAAAUACAACCGCUUUGAGAAGCGGCACAAAAAUCUGUCUGCCCAUCUUUCGCCGUGUUUCAGGGAUGUCUCGAUCGGAGACAUCGUGACGGUCGGGGAGUGCCGACCGCUGAGCAAGACCGUGAGGUUCAACGUCCUCAAGGUGACAACGGCGGCUGGUCACAAGAAGCAGUUCCGGAAGUUCUAAGACUGGCGGGAGAAAUGUCACCUGAAAAUAAACUGUUUGAAUAUGA